AUGGGGGAGGGCAUCGACUCGAUCCAUCCGGAUCAGCCAACCCUCGAGGAUCAAGGAAUAAACCCUAAAGGCGAGCUCCAGCUCAAUGUCGGCGGCCGCGGCGCGACCCAGCGUGCCCUGCGCAACUACCAUGUCACCAUGAUCGGCUUCUGCGGUGGCAUCGGGACAGGCCUUUUCGUUGGAACGGGCGCUGCGUACGCCAAAGCCGGUCCCGCCGGUCUGCUGCUCGCAUACGGCGUGGUCGGCGCAGUGCUCUGGUGUGUGAUGCAGAGUAUCGCCGAGCUGGCUACUCUGCUGCCCACCGCGGGCUCGUUCCCACACUGGGCAACGCGGUUUGUUGACCCUGCGGUGGGAUUCUCGCUGGCGAUUACCUAUGGGUACUGCUACAAUGUCUCGCUUGCCUCGGAGGUCUCUGCGGCGGCUGUGAUCGUUUCGUAUUGGACGGAUAUAACGCCGGCGCUGGUGAUUACGGUCAGUCUGGUGCUGAUAUUGGCUGUGAACCUGGUGAAUGUGCGGGUUUAUGGCGAAACCGAGGUCUUUGGAGGGGCUGUGCGGAUCCUUUGCUUCUUGGGCUUGGUCAUUGUGUCUAUUGUGAUUACUGCUGGUGGUGGUCCAAAGCAGGAGACAAUUGGGUUUCGCUUCUGGCAUACUCCGGGCCCCUGGACAGACCUGGAUGGAAUUACAGGACCAACUGGGCACUUCCUGGGGUUCUUGUCUGCCUUUGUCAAUGCCUCCUAUAGCUUCGUUGGUAUUGAGACCGUCGUCAUUGCCGCGGCUGAAUCCGUGGACCCCCACCGGUCUAUCCCCAAGGCUGCCCAGCGCGUUACCUACCGUAUUGGCUUCUUUUAUAUCCUGGGUGCUCUCCUGAUCGGCAUGAUCGUGGACCCGCGCAAUCCAGAUCUGACCUCGGGCGACGACAACGCCAACAGCUCGCCAUUUGUCAUUGCGAUAAAGGAAGCAGGCAUAGCGGCCCUGCCGUCCAUUGUAAACGCCUGUAUCCUCAUCGCAGCCUGGACGGCUGGUAACUCAUACUGCUGGGUCGGAUCUCGCAUGAUCGUCGCCAUGACCACCGACCACCAACUGCCGCAGUUCUUCGGCCGCGUGAACAAGCACGGUGUCCCAUACAUCGCAGUCAUUGUCUCCUGGCUCUUCGGCCCGCUGGCCUAUCUGAGCCUCGGAUCCGGCGGCGCUUCCCAAGCCUUCACCUGGCUGAUCGAUCUGAGCACCAUCUCCGGGCUGAUUGCUUGGGCUACGCUGUGUUUCUGCUAUAUUCGGUUCUAUGCGGCGAUGAAGGCGCAGGGCGUUUCGAGGGAUACGUCGCCCUGGUCUGCGCCACUGCAGCCCUAUGCGGCCUGGUUUGGGUUUAUUGGAUCGACGGUUAUAACUCUGGUUGCUGGGUUUGAGGUGUUUCUCAGAGGACAGUGGAAUACAUCGGACUUUGUGGCAGCGUAUAUCGGUAUCCCGCUGUUCAUUGCGCCGAUCUUGGGCUGGAAGCUUUGGUAUCGCACAAAGUUUCUUCGCGCCCAUGAAAUCGAUCUUUGGUCGGGGCGUCUCCAGGAGGGAGAAAUCGCGCCGCAGCCAGGCCCUAGUAACACUCUUUGGGGCCGAUUUGUCGAUUGGCUUGUAUAG